CUCGAGAAGAGCCAUCCAGUGCGGUUGGAUGAGCUCCCCCCAAAGGAAUACGAAAAUAAUAGUGAAGAAAGUGAAAUACAGCAUACAGCAGAUAAGAAAGUGAAAUACAUAAGAGUGAACCGGGAAAGAAAGAGAUAGAACCGGAAGUGGUCCGUGGAGAAAGGACAGUUCGUUAUCGCAGCGCGGGUGCUUGAACUCUCGGCACAAUGGGGCACGGAGUGGCCUCCAUUGGGGCUCUGCUGGUGAUCCUGGCCAUCUCAUAUUGCCAGGCGGAGCUGACGCCGCCAUAUUUCAAUUUGGCCACGGGCAGGAAGAUUUAUGCCACAGCUACGUGUGGCCAGGAUACGGAUGGACCCGAGCUCUACUGUAAGCUCGUGGGAGCCAAUACGGAACACGAUCAUAUUGACUACUCAGUUAUCCAGGGACAGGUUUGCGAUUACUGCGAUCCCUCGGUGCCGGAGAGGAACCAUCCGCCAGAGAACGCGAUCGAUGGCACCGAGGCCUGGUGGCAGAGUCCUCCGUUGUCCAGGGGCAUGAAAUUCAAUGAAGUCAAUUUGACCAUCAACUUCGAACAGGAAUUCCAUGUGGCCUAUUUGUUCAUCCGCAUGGGCAACUCCCCUCGUCCGGGUCUCUGGACGCUGGAGAAGUCCACUGAUUAUGGCAAGACCUGGACCCCUUGGCAGCACUUUUCCGAUACUCCCGCCGAUUGUGAGACGUACUUUGGCAAGGACACCUACAAGCCAAUUACCCGCGACGACGACGUCAUCUGCACCACUGAGUACUCAAAGAUUGUGCCGCUGGAGAACGGCGAGAUUCCCGUGAUGCUGCUAAAUGAGCGACCCAGCUCUACCAACUACUUCAACUCUACGGUGCUGCAGGAAUGGACUCGUGCCACCAACGUCAGGAUUCGUCUGCUUCGUACCAAGAAUCUUCUGGGACAUCUGAUGUCUGUGGCUCGACAAGAUCCCACGGUCACGCGUCGCUACUUCUACUCGAUCAAGGACAUCUCGAUCGGAGGAAGGUGCAUGUGCAACGGACACGCAGACACCUGUGACGUCAAGGAUCCAAAGAGUCCAGUCCGCAUUCUCGCUUGCCGUUGCCAGCAUCACACAUGCGGCAUCCAGUGUAACGAGUGCUGUCCAGGAUUCGAGCAGAAAAAGUGGCGCCAAAACACCAAUGCCCGGCCCUUCAACUGCGAACCCUGCAACUGUCAUGGCCACAGCAACGAGUGCAAGUACGAUGAGGAAGUGAACCGCAAAGGACUGUCCCUGGACAUUCACGGACACUACGAUGGUGGUGGUGUUUGCCAGAAUUGUCAACACAACACCGUGGGAAUUAACUGCAACAAGUGCAAACCAAAAUACUACAGACCCAAGGGCAAGCACUGGAACGAGACCGAUGUCUGCAGCCCAUGUCAAUGCGACAACUUCUUCUCCACCGGACACUGCGAGGAAGAGACCGGAAACUGUGAGUGCCGUGCUGCCUUCCAGCCACCAAGCUGCGACUCCUGCGCCUACGGAUACUAUGGCUACCCCAAUUGCCGAGAGUGCGAGUGUAACUUGAACGGAACCAAUGGCUACCACUGCGAGGCGGAAAGCGGACAGCAGUGUCCGUGCAAGAUCAACUUUGCGGGCGCCUACUGUAAGCAGUGCGCCGAAGGAUACUACGGAUUCCCCGAGUGCAAGGCAUGCGAGUGCAACAAGAUCGGCUCGAUUACCAACGACUGCAAUGUGACAACUGGAGAGUGCAAGUGCUUGACCAAUUUUGGAGGCGACAACUGCGAGCGCUGCAAGCACGGAUACUUCAACUACCCCACUUGCUCAUACUGCGACUGCGACAACCAGGGCACGGAGUCCGAGAUCUGCAACAAGCAGUCUGGCCAGUGCAUCUGCCGUGAGGGCUUUGGGGGUCCCAGAUGUGAUCAGUGCUUGCCAGGAUUCUACAACUAUCCGGACUGCAAGCCCUGCAACUGCUCCAGCACUGGUAGUUCGGCGAUCACCUGCGACAACACCGGCAAAUGUAACUGCCUCAACAACUUUGCCGGAAAACAGUGCACGCUCUGUACUGCCGGAUACUAUAGCUAUCCCGAUUGUCUACCUUGUCACUGUGACUCUUACGGGUCUCAGGGAGUGUCCUGUAAUGCGGAUGGCCAGUGUCUGUGUCAGCCGAACUUCGACGGACGUCAGUGCGAUUCGUGUAAGGAGGGCUUUUACAACUUCCCCAGCUGCGAGGACUGCAACUGUGAUCCUGCGGGAGUGAUCGAUAAGUUCGCCGGAUGCGGAUCGGUGCCCGUUGGUGAGCUGUGCAAGUGCAAGGAGCGAGUGACGGGCAGGAUUUGCAAUGAGUGCAAGCCAUUGUACUGGAACCUGAACAUUAGCAAUACGGAGGGAUGUGAGAUUUGCGAUUGUUGGACAGAUGGUACUAUAUCCGCCCUGGACACCUGUACCUCCAAGUCCGGGCAGUGUCCCUGCAAGCCGCAUACUCAGGGCAGGCGCUGCCAGGAGUGUCGAGAUGGAACCUUCGAUCUGGACAGUGCCUCGCUGUUUGGCUGCAAGGAUUGCAGUUGCGAUGUGGGCGGCUCGUGGCAAAGUGUUUGCGACAAGGUCAGCGGCCAGUGCAAGUGUCAUCCCAGGAUUACGGGUCUGGCAUGUACCCAGCCACUGACCACCCACUUCUUCCCAACGCUGCAUCAGUUCCAGUACGAGUACGAGGAUGGAACACUCCCAUCGAGCACUCAGGUGCGAUAUGAUUACGAUGAGGCGGCAUUCCCCGGAUUUAGCAGCAAGGGCUAUGUAGUGUUCAACGCUAUUCAGAACGAUGUUCGCAACGAAGUCAAUGUCUUUAAGUCAUCGCUGUACCGGAUUGUGCUUCGAUAUGUGAAUCCUAAUGCCGAGAAUAUCACUGCCACCAUUUCGGUCACCUCGGACAAUCCUUUGGAGGUGGAUCAGCACGUAAAGGUACUACUGCAACCCACAUCGGAACCGCAGUUUGUCACUGUUGCUGGGCCCUUGGGAGUGAAACCCUCAGCCAUUGUUUUGGAUCCGGGUCGUUAUGUCUUUACCACCAAGGCCAACAAAAAUGUGAUGCUUGAUUACUUUGUCCUGCUACCCGCUGCUUACUACGAAGCCGGAAUUCUAACACGUCACAUCUCGAAUCCCUGUGAACUGGGCAACAUGGAGUUGUGCCGUCACUACAAGUACGCCUCUGUCGAGGUGUUCUCACCAGCAACAACUCCAUUCGUCAUCGGUGAAAACUCCAAGCCGACUAAUCCCGUCGAGGUGUACACUGAUCCGGAGCACCUUCAGAUUGUCAGUCAUGUUGGCGAUAUUCCCGUACUGAGCGGAUCCCAAAAAGAGCUGCAUUACAUCGUGGAUGUGCCACGAAGUGGCAAAUAUAUCUUCGUGAUUGACUAUAUCAGCGACAGGAACUAUCCCGACAGUUACUACAUCAACUUAAAACUGAAAGAUAGUCCAGAUUCCGAGACAUCCGUGCUGUUAUAUCCAUGCUUAUACUCCACUAUUUGCCGAACAUCAGUCAAUGAGGAUGGUAUGGAGAAGUCCUUUUACAUUAACAAGGACGACUUGCAGCCAGUCAUCAUCUCUGCUGACAUCGACGACGGUUCCCGUUUCCCGAUUAUCUCGGUGACCGCCAUUCCAGUCGAGCAAUGGUCAAUUGACUACAUCAACCCCAGUCCCGUCUGUGUGAUCCAUGAUCAGCAAUGCGCCACGCCGAAGUUCCGUUCCGUGCCCGAUUCCAAGAAGAUCGAGUUCGAAACUGAUCACGAGGACCGCAUUGCCACCAACAAACCGCCAUAUGCCUCACUCGAUGAACGAGUUAAGCUGGUUCACUUAGACAGUCUGAAUGAGGGAACCAUCGUGAUUGAGUCAAAGGUUGAUGCGACAAAACCGAAUCUAUUUGUGAUCCUCGUGAAGUACUACCAACCGAGCCAUCCCAAAUACCAGGUGUACUACACUUUGACGGCGGGCAAGAAUCAGUAUGAUGGCAAGUUCGACAUUCAGCACUGCCCUUCGAGUUCCGGAUGCCGCGGUGUGAUUCGCCCCGCCGGCGAGGGCUCAUUUGAGAUUGACGACGAGUUUAAGUUCACGAUUACAACCGAUCGAUCCCAGAGUGUUUGGCUCGACUACCUGGUGGUGGUGCCUCUGACACAGUACAAUGAUGAUCUACUGGUGGAGGAGACCUUUGACCAGACCAAGGAGUUCAUUCAGAACUGCGGCCACGACCACUUCCACAUUACGCACAAUGCUAGUGACUUCUGUAAGAAAUCCGUUUUCUCUCUAACCGCCGACUACAAUAGUGGAGCACUGCCCUGCAAUUGCGACUACGCCGGUUCCACGAGCUUCGAGUGUCAUCCGUUUGGAGGCCAGUGUCAGUGCAAACCGAAUGUGAUUGAGAGAACGUGCGGAGCCUGCCGCAGCAGAUACUACGGAUUCCCCGACUGCAAGCCAUGCAAGUGUCCCAAUAGCGCCAUGUGCGAGCCCUCCACCGGCGAGUGCAUGUGCCCGCCCAAUGUCAUUGGAGAUCUGUGCGAGAAGUGCGCCCCCAACACUUACGGAUUCCAUCAGGUGAUUGGCUGCGAAGAGUGCGCAUGCAACCCCAUGGGCAUUGCCAAUGGAAACGCCCAGUGCGAUCUGUUCAAUGGAACCUGCAGUUGCCGCGAAAAUAUCGAGGGCAGGGCCUGUGAUGUAUGCACCAAUGGAUACUUUAACUUCCCGCACUGCGAGCAGUGCAGUUGCCACAGGCCAGGCACCGAACUGGAGGUGUGUGACAAGGUCGAUGGCGAAUGCUUUUGCAAGAAGAAUGUGGUUGGCAGGGAUUGUGACCAGUGUGACGAUGGAACGUACAAUCUGCAGGAGUCGAAUCCGGAGGGUUGCACCACCUGCUUCUGCUUUGGCAAGUCUUCACGCUGCGACAGUGCUUAUCUUCGAGUUUACAAUGUGAGCAUGCUUAAGGAUAUACUCAUCAGUACUCCUGAAUUCCGCGAGGAGAGCAUCAAGUUUGAGAUCUGGCCCGUGACGGAUGAACUUCUUGUAAAUGAGACCACGAUGAAGGCAGAUUUUACUUUGCGAGAGGUCAACGAUGAACGACCUGCGUACUUUGGAGUCCUGGACCGUCUGCUUAACCAAAAUAAUCACAUCACUGCUUAUGGCGGAGAUUUGGCUUAUACUUUACACUUCACUUCUGGCUUUGAUGGCAAAUACAUUGUGGCUCCGGAUGUCAUUUUGUUCAGUGAACACAAUGUCCUGGUGCAUACGAGUUAUGAGCAGCCCAGCAGAAAUGAACCAUUCACCAAUCGCGUCAAUAUAGUGGAAUCGAAUUUCCAAACCGUUUCCGGAAAACCAGUUUCCCGAGCUGAUUUUAUGAUGGUUCUGCGGGAUCUAAAAAUGAUCUUCAUCAGAGCCAACUAUUGGGAACAGACCUUGGUGACCCACUUGGCCGAUGUCUAUCUAACCCUAGCCGAUGAGGAUGAGGAAGGCACUAGCUAUAACCAAUUCCUGGCCGUGGAGCGCUGCUCCUGCCCACCUGGUUACUCCGGACUAUCGUGCGAGGACUGCGCCCCGGGCUACUAUCGAGAUCCCAGUGGACCUUAUGGUGGUUACUGCAUUCCCUGCGAGUGCAAUGGCCAUUCGGAGACCUGCGAUUGUGCUACCGGAAUCUGUACGAAGUGCCAGCAUGGAACUAAGGGUGAUCACUGUGAGGAGUGUGUGUCCGGCUACUAUGGAAACGCCACGAAUGGAACACCGGGAGAUUGUAUGAUCUGCGCGUGCCCUCUGCCAUUUGACUCGAACAACUUUGCCGACAGUUGCGAAAUCUCCGAGAGCGGAGACCAAAUCCAUUGUGAGUGCAAACCCGGAUACACCGGUCCACGUUGUGAAUCUUGCGCCAAUGGAUUCUACGGACAGCCAGAGAACUUGGGAGAGGUGUGCAAGCCGUGCGAGUGUUCCGGUAACAUUAAUCCGGAGGAUCAGGGAUCUUGCGACACCAGGACCGGUGAAUGUCUGCGCUGCUUGAAUAACACCUUCGGAGCUGCCUGUAAUCUGUGUGCACCUGGCUUCUACGGCGAUGCCAUCAAGCUAAAGAACUGCCAGAGCUGUGACUGCGAUGAUCUGGGCACCCAGGAGUGCGAUCCCUAUGUGGGCGUCUGCACCUGUCACGAGAACGUCAUUGGCGAGCGUUGCGAUCGCUGCAAGCCGGAUCACUAUGGAUUCGAGUCGGGUGUUGGCUGCCGAGCCUGCGACUGCGGUGCUGCCUCCAAUUCGACGCAGUGCGAUCCGCACACUGGUCACUGUGCCUGCAAGUCGGGAGUGACAGGACGACAAUGCGAUCGAUGCGCCGUAGACCAUUGGAAAUACGAACAGGACGGGUGCACGCCGUGCAAUUGCAAUCAGGGAUACUCUCGAGGAUUCGGUUGCAAUCCCAACACCGGCAAGUGCCAGUGUUUGCCUGGAGUAAUUGGAGAUAGAUGCGACGCUUGCCCGAAUCGAUGGGUACUGAUCAAGGAUGAGGGCUGCCAGGAGUGCAACAACUGUCACCACGCCCUGUUGGAUGUCACUGAUCGAAUGCGCUAUCAGAUCGAUAGUGUCCUUGAGGAUUUCAACAGUGUAACCCUGGCCUUCUUCACCAGUCAAAAAUUAAACUAUUACGACCAGUUGGCCGAUGAACUGGAGCCCAAGGUUAAGCUACUGGAUCCCAACAGUGUGGACCUGAAUCCAUCCAAAAAGGCCAACAGCGAAUUGGAAUCAGAUGCCAAGUCCUAUGCCAAACAGGUAAACCAAACCCUGGCCAACGCCUUGGAUAUCCGUGAGCGAUCGAGCACCACCUUGGGUAACAUAACAGUGGCUUAUGAUGAGGCGGUCAAGAGUGCCGACCAGGCCAAGGAGGCCAUCGCUUCGGUAGAAGCUCUAUCCAAGAAUCUUGAGGCGGCAGCAAGCACAAAGAUUGAUGCUGCUCUAGAGCAAGCCCAACACAUUUUGGGACAAAUCAACGGAACAAGUAUUGAACUUACACCCAAUGAAGAAGUUUUGAAAAAGGCCAGAAAACUCUAUGAGGAAGUGAACACUCUCGUUUCGCCCAUCAAGGAGCAAAACAAGAGCCUCAAUGUACUCAAGAAUGAUAUCGGAGAAUUUAGUGACCAUCUGGAGGAUCUUUUCAACUGGAGCGAGGACUCCCACGCCAAGUCCGCCGACGUCGAGCGCAGGAAUGUGGCCAACCAGAAGGCCUUUAACAACUCCAAAUUCGAUACCGUUUCGGAGCAAAAGCUACAGGCAGAGAAGAACAUCAAUGAUGCGGGCAAUUUCCUCAUCAAUGGCGAUCUGACGCUCAGUCAAAUCAAUCAGAAGUUGGAUAGCUUGAGAGAUGCUCUCACUGAGCUCAAUGCGGUCAACAAAAAUGUGGACGAAGAAUUACCCGUGAGAGAGGAGCAGCACAAGGAGGCGGAUGCCCUGACCGAUCAGGCCGAACAGAAGGCGGCCGAACUGGCCAUCAAGGCACAGGAUCUGGCUGCACAAUACACGGAUAUGACCGCCAGUGCGGAGCCGGCCAUUAAGGCGGCCACUGCCUACUCGGGAAUCGUUGAGGCCGUUGAAGCUGCCCAAAAAUUCAGCCAGGAUGCCAUUUCUGCAGCCGGAAAUGCCACCGAUAAGACAGAUGGCAUUGAAGGCAGAGCUCAUCUUGCCGACACUGAUUCUACCAAUCUUCUCCAGAAAGCCCGCCAGUCUCUGCAGAAAGUGCAAGAUGACCUGGAGCCACGUCUGAACGCGUCGGCUGGCAAGGUGCAGCAAAUCUCAGAUUUGAACACUGCCACCAAGAACCAGUUGUCGGAUAUUGACGUUCUGAUCGAUCAACUGCCAGCUGAGUCUCAGAGGGAUAUGUGGAAGAACUCGAAUGCCAAUGCCAGUGAUGCCCUGGAGAUCCUAAAGAACGUACUUGAGAUACUGGAACCAGUGAGUGUCCAAACGCCAAAGGAACUCGAAAAGGCGCAUGGCAUCAAUAGGGAUUUGGAUCUGACCAAUAAGGACGUAUCUCAAGCUAACAAACAGUUGGAUGACGUUGAAGGAUCCGUGUCGAAACUAAACGAACUGGCCGAGGAUAUCGAGGAACAGCAGCACCGAGUGGGCACUCAGAGCCGCCAGUUGGGCCAGGAAAUUGAGAAUUUGAAGGCCCAAGUGGAGGCCGCACGCCAGUUGGCCAACAGCAUCAAGGUGGGCGUCAAUUUCAAGCCAAGCACGAUCCUGGAGCUGAAGACACCAGAAAAGACCAAGCUGCUGGCCACUCGCACCAAUCUAUCGACCUACUUCCGCACCACCGAGCCAUCCGGUUUCCUCUUAUAUCUGGGCAAUGACAACAAGACCGCCCAGAAGAACAACGACUUCGUGGCCGUUGAGAUUGUGAAUGGCUAUCCAAUUCUCACUAUUGAUUUGGGCAAUGGUCCGGAACGCAUCACCAGCGAUAAGUACGUGGCAGAUGGCCGCUGGUAUCAGGCUGUUGUGGAUCGCAUGGGUCCGAAUGCCAAGCUCACAAUUAGGGAGGAAUUACCCAAUGGUGAUGUGGCUGAGCACAGCAAGUCUGGCUAUCUUGAGGGAUCUCAGAAUAUACUCCACGUGGAUAAGAACAGUCGCCUAUUUGUGGGCGGAUAUCCUGGUAUUUCGGACUUCAAUGCUCCGCCAGACUUGACCACUAACUCUUUCUCCGGCGACAUUGAGGAUCUAAAGAUUGGCGACGAAAGCGUGGGAUUGUGGAACUUUGUUUAUGGCGAUGAUAACGAGCAGGGAGCCCGCGAGCGGGAUGUGCUGCUCGAGAAGAAGAAGCCGGUUACUGGACUCCGGUUCAAGGGUAAUGGAUACGUCCAAUUGAAUGCCACAUCAAACUUGAAGAGCCGCUCCAGCAUCCAGUUCAGCUUCAAGGCGGACAAGGAUACUUCCAAUGGACUGCUGUUCUUCUACGGCAGGGAUAAGCACUACAUGAGCAUUGAGAUGAUUGACGGAGCUAUUUUCUUCAACAUUAGCUUGGGUGAAGGUGGAGGCGUUCAAUCCGGCAGCCAGGAUCGCUACAAUGACAACCAAUGGCACAAGGUCCAGGCGGAACGUGAAAAUCGAAACGGACUUCUUAAGGUCGACGACAUAGUGAUAUCCCGGACUAAUGCACCAUUGCAAGCGGACUUGGAGCUGCCCAAGCUGAGGAGAUUGUACUUCGGUGGUCAUCCAAGACGUCUGAAUACCUCGAUAAGUUUGCAACCCAACUUUGAUGGCUGUAUCGAUAAUGUGGUGAUCAAUCAGGGAGUUGUGGACCUUACGGAAUACGUAACAGGCGGAGGAGUUGAGGAAGGUUGCUCGGCGAAGUUCUCUACGGUGGUGGCAUAUGCGCCGCAUGAGUACGGAUUCCUGAGGAUGAACAACGUUACCUCGGAUAACAGUCUGCAUGUCGUUUUGCACUUUAAGACCACACAACCGAAUGGAGUACUCUUCUAUGCCGCCAAUCAUGACCAGAGUUCCACCAUUGGCCUCAGCCUGCAAGAUGGUUUGCUGAAGCUCAACAGCAUGGGCAGUCAGUUGGUAAUCGACGAUCGUAUUCUGAACGACGGCGAAGAUCAUGUGGUUACAGUACAGCACACCCAAGGCGAACUGCGUCUCUCGGUCGAUGAUGUGGACAACAAAAGACUUGGUUCUCCAGAGCCGCUAAUCCUGGAGGGUGGUGACAUAUUCUUUGCUGGCUUGCCGGACAACUAUCGAACACCCAGGAACGCAUUGGCCUCUCUGGCCUACUUUGUCGGUUGCAUCAGUGAUGUAACUGUGAACGAGGAGAUCAUUAACUUUGCCAAUAGUGCUGAGAAGAAGAAUGGCAACAUCAACGGUUGUCCACCCCAUGUACUAGCCUACGAACCAAGUUUGGUGCCCAGCUAUUAUCCAAGUGGAGACAACGAGGUGGAGUCUCCGUGGUCAAACGCUGACACACUGCCGCCACUUAAGCCAGACAUAGAAACCACAUUACCACCCACAACGCCUACAACGACCACCACGACAACUACCACAACAACUACGACCACUACUUCAACAACGACCACUACCACGACCCCAUCCCCGGUAACCAUUGACGAAGACAAGGAGAUCGAGGCGAAGACACCGCAAAGGACGCUAACAACCCGGCCACCAGCCAAGCUGAAUCUUCCCAGCGAUGAGCGCUGCAAGUUGCCGGAGCAACCCAACUUCGAUGUUGGUUUUGCAGAGGCGGGUUACCGAUUCUAUGGACUACGGGAGCAGCGCCUGCAGAUUAAUUCACUGCCGGUAAAGGUACGCCGUCACCAUGACAUUGGCAUCUCCUUCCGCACUGAGCGACCCAACGGCUUGCUCAUCUAUGCCGGAAGUAAGCAACGCGAUGACUUCAUAGCCGUGUAUCUUCUGGAUGGUCGGGUGACAUACGAGAUACGGGUGGGUGCACAGCUGCAGGCCAAGAUUACCAGCGAGGCGGAUCUAAACGAUGGCACCUGGCACACCGUAGAGGUGCUGCGAACGCAACGCAAGGUUACCCUGCUCAUCGACAAGUUGGAGCAGCCGGGAUCCGUGGAUCUGAAUGCGGAAAGAUCUGCGCCGGUACUGAAUGUCGAGUUGCCCAUCUAUCUGGGUGGCGUUAACAAGUUCCUGGAGUCGGAGGUUAAGAACCUAACCGAUUUCAAAACCGAAGUGCCGUUCUUUAACGGAUGCCUGAAGAACAUCAAGUUUGAUGCUAUGGAUCUGGAAACGCCACCGGAGGAGUUUGGUGUGGUACCGUGCUCCGAGCAGGUGGAACGCGGGUUGUUCUUCAACAACCAGAAGGCGUUUGUUAAGAUCUUUGAUCACUUCGAUGUUGGCACUGAGAUGAAGAUCAGCUUUGAUUUCCGACCAAGGGAUCCCAACGGCUUGCUCUUCUCUGUGCACGGCAAGAACUCCUAUGCCAUUCUCGAGCUGGUAGACAACACCCUGCACUUCACGGUGAAGACCGAUCUGAAGAACAUUGUGUCCACCAACUAUAAGCUGCCCAACAACGAAAGCUUCUGCGAUGGCAAGACGCGCAAUGUCCAGGCUAUCAAGUCCAAGUUUGUGAUCAACAUAGCCGUGGACUUUAUUAGCUCCAAUCCCGGCGUGGGCAACGAAGGAUCAGUGAUCACAAGGACUAAUCGUCCGCUCUUCUUUGGCGGACAUGUGGCCUUCCAAAGGGCGCCGGGCAUCAAGACCAAGAAGUCCUUUAAGGGCUGCAUCAGCAAGGUGGAGGUUAACCACAGGAUGAUCAACAUCACGCCGAACAUGGUUGUUGGCGAUAUUUGGCAGGGCUACUGUCCCCUCAACUAAUGAAGAUCUUCGAAACGACUUAAGGACCUAUGAUUUAUUUUGCCCA